AUGCCGGUUCAAGUCUCGCGACAGCAUCAACCGCAGCCUCACCAUUCUAACCAUUCGUCCACCUCCCUGAAUAACGCGGCCACGAGCUCAUACUCCCUGCAUCGGGAAUCACCUGCGUCUUCGCGAGACGACGCUUCCAGUACCAGUUCGCUCUCUAUUAAUAAGGGCAAUGGAGAGGACGGUCGGCAGAGAAAGCGAUUACAGAAAACGGCCGAAUCUACAACGCUGCCGCGCAAGUCGUCGUUACGGGAACCUCGGAGUGGUUCAGCUGAUGGUGGCGUCUUGUUUUUGGCGAAUAGGGACACGCACGGCCGGACUCUCGCGCCUACGUCUUCAUCUUCUGCAACCUCUACGAAUGCCGAUGCCCACACUAAUGCUCUAAAAUACUCCGGCAAUCCUGACGAGACCGACAGUACCAAGGUGACGACCUUUUAUGCGUUUGGGGAGAGCAAGCUCAAGGGGGAGGGUGACUUGGACGAUCCGUUCGACUUUCAGCCUUCCAUGAACUUGGAAGACGUCAACGCGUUUCAUCCUCCGUCGAGGAAGGUCAGCGGGAGCAGCAUUCGAAGCAUCCGUGCAGGUGUUGCCGGUGCUGGGAGCCAGGACGCGACUUCUUCCAUGCUUCGAAGGCCCAGUGUUGGGAAGUUCUCAUCGCCGCGGAAUCCGGAUCGAAACUCGCAGGAAGCAGCUCCACGCCGGCGACAGAGCAACAUCACUAAUCUGGCACUGGCGAACCCUGCAUCGAACUCGAUCGCAGCUCAACGGCGAAAACCGAGUUGUACCGUUCCGGGCUCUACGGGUCCACCCGUACCCCCGAAGUACCAUAAGAUGGGCGGGUACUCAGAGGCUACCGCCGAAGGGGGAGUGAAGGUUCCGAUAUCGGCGCGAAGUGGAAAGUCCAAGUCACUACAGCCGCCGCCGCGACCGAUCCAGCCGCAGAUCAACACAUCGCUUGCCCCUGAUGGGUACCGUGCUUCGAUUGGUAUCCCCCCGAAGUCUCCCAGGUCGCCCAAUACCAGCAAGAAGGUGGGCACGCCCGGGCCCUUGGCUUUGCGCAGGAUAUCCACGAUCCCACACGCAUCUGGAUUGGCUGCGAGAACAAUCAGUCCGACCGACGCGAGGAGGUUGAAGAGACUGUCGAUGUUGAAUACUCCUCCACCUCCGGUGCUGCCGCCGCCUGUGGAACCCAGUAGAUCCACCCAGGCGAGCCCGUCCAUGAUCCCCAGGAAGAGCGUGACGCCUUCGUCGCAGGGCACAACACCCGAGCCGCAGCGCAAAUCCUACAGCUCCGGAUUGUCAGCGUCAUCUGCAAGCACCUCUGCACGGACAUCCGUGGGCUCCCUGCAACCGAAAGUAACCCUGAACUAUGGAUCAAGGCUGCCGAGGCCACCACAACUGGAGAGGGAUGAUGAAGAAAUUCCUCCGGUUCCGCCGUUACCGAAGAAUCUCGCCACCUUCUUCGCCCCGCGGAAGUCCAGCCUUGCGCCAGAGACCUUGGGACAACCGGAGCCUGCCGACGAGCCCGAAAUCUUCGAUCUGGAGGCAUUUGAGCCCACUCAUAUCUCUCAGGAGAUCAGGAACCUAGAGCCGAGGGCUGAGAAGAGGGAGUCGCGGCGGAAGCGAGGGAUGACGCUUGGAGGUCUGGGGCCGGGAAGCGCGGGAUUCCCCAUGUUGGAGACCAAAGCUUCGGCUUCGAGCUUGAGGAAGAAGGAUCUUGCGCCCAUCCGUCUGCCGCCGCUGAACCUGUUGCCACUGAGUACGCCGACCGUUGCGCGUGUCAAUGCUUAUCUGCCUACUUCGGACUCUGACAAGGAACUUACACCGCCUCCGAAAAUAGGCCAUAAAACUCCUAGUACUCCGAUGACAGCAUCCAAAGCGGCAUUCUUCAACCGGCGGGAAGAGGGUGGUCAAUCGGACCGCGAUCGCAUCGCUCGCGAGAGGAGCAUUAGUUCUCCAUCUAGCCUGUCGUUGAGGACCGGUUCGAGUCCGACCAGUAGUAUUCCAACGGCUAGCCCGUAUGUUUCCGGUUCGUUGCCUAGGGGGACGUCGGCGGGUGCGACACCACGAGUGAAGAGCAGGUCGAGGAAGAGUCAAGACUCGUUAAAGAAUGCUCCGGCCGAGGAACUGAGCGGUUCGCCGUCCACUAGCAGCUCUAUCCGCAGAAAAUUGAGCCUCAGUUGGAAGAAGUCGUCUCAAGGAAAGAACAGUCACGCAGCAACGGAACGCGCCGAGGAAUACAAUGCGAAGUUCGACAACAUGCCUCCGCCGCGCUUGCCAACCUCGUCCACGUGGACUAAUACACCUAGCCCCAACAAAGGACCCCACAUCGCAGCGGCGGGUAAGAGGAAGGGAUCUGUCGGUGGUGGGCCGUUUCACGACCGCACACGGAGUGACAGCUGGGGUACAGCGGGUAGCCCCAAAAAGGAAAAGAAGUCGGAUGAAAAAGUGCCAGCCUUGCAGUCCAAGGCUUCAAGUGCGGCUAGUUCGAUUCUCAGCCCCAUGACCAAGAUGUUGGGGAGCAAAGGGUCUCUCAGCCAGUUACGAAGCAGAAACCAACCACCCUUACCUCAUAACUCCGACCCUACCCUCGACCACGACGACCUCAUUGCUGAAGACGAGAUGAGACGAAUUGCCUCGAAGCGAAAGAAUUUGGACCAAGCGGCCGCACAGCUUGAUGAACUGAAAAGGCGUGCUGGACCCAAGGAUCGGGUGUCGACCCAGCAGAUUCUUCGCAUGGGUGUGCUCAACAUCUUUGAGAAGGGCGAGGUUGUCGAUUACAAGGAUGUGUACUUCACCGGUCUCUCAGAUGCGAGGAAGCACGUUGGUGACCUGAAGAAUACUACCCUGCCCAACUUUGGAUAUGACGACGAACGGGGGGAUUACACGAUCGUCAAGGGUGACCACUUGGCUUAUCGCUAUGAGAUUGUGGAUGUGCUUGGAAAGGGAAGUUUCGGCCAGGUCGUGCGAUGUAUCGACCAUCGUACCGGAGGACUCGUCGCCAUCAAGAUCAUCCGGAACAAGAAGCGAUUCCACCAACAGGCGUUGGUCGAGGUCAACAUCUUGCAGAAGCUGAAGGAAUGGGACCCGAACCAAAAACACUCUCUGAUUAACUUCACCCAAAGCUUUUACUUCAGAGGACAUCUGUGUAUCUCGACCGAGUUGCUGGGAAUGAACCUUUACGAGUUUAUCAAGAGCAAUGACUUCCGUGGCUUCUCGCUCAAGCUUAUCCGCCGAUUCACAAAGCAGAUGCUCAGCUCUUUGACUCUGCUCAAGGGACAUCGCGUGAUCCACUGCGAUCUCAAGCCCGAGAACAUCCUGCUCGCACACCCUGCCCGCUCUGAGAUCAAGGUCAUCGAUUUUGGUAGCAGUUGUUUCGAGAAUGAGAAAGUGUACACUUACAUUCAGUCCCGGUUUUACCGAUCUCCGGAAGUUAUCCUGGGAAUGAGCUACGGUUUGCCGAUUGACAUGUGGUCGCUGGGUUGCAUCCUCGCCGAGCUUUUCACUGGAUACCCUAUCUUCCCUGGAGAAAACGAGCAAGAGCAGUUGGCAUGUAUCAUGGAAGUGUUCGGACCGCCGGAAAAGCACCUCAUCGAGAAAUCCACCCGUCGCAAGCUGUUCUUCGACUCCCAAGGCAAACCACGGAUGAUAGUCUCGUCCAAGGGCCGCAGACGGCGUGUCAGCUCGAAGACUUUGCAGCAAGUGCUCAAGUGCGACGAUGAGCCUUUCCUCGAUUUUGUCUCUCGCUGUCUCCGAUGGGACCCCGACAAGCGGCUGCGGCCCGAGGAGGCCAUGAGCCAUGAGUUCAUUUCGGGACGGAAGCCACCGGUUCAGAGUAGGGCAAGAUCGGGGAAUUACGCGUCCGGGACAGCUAGCAGCGACACUAGACGAUACACCGCUUACUCUCGCCCCCUUCCGGAUCCUCCCACUACCGCCAAGAAGGUCACUGUUGCCUGUGGAAACCAUAGUCCUAUGAAGACAACUCCAUCAACAAACGUCUUGAGCUCGUCGAGAAGCAUCACCGGCAAGAACCCCAUUCUGGCAGCUGGGACUAAGAGGAACAGCACUGGCGCGACUCGGCUGGACAAGGCCACCGAUCCAUCAGCGGCAAAGCAGCCUACGGCAGCGGCGGAAGCAGUGCAGGACCGACGCCCAACAACCACAACCACGUUGGUGGACGAGGUAGCGCCGGCCAACGUGUUGGCGCCGGAACAUCGGGCAGCACUAGGAUGUUGCGAGACGACGAUGGCGGCUUGUCUAGCGGCGGCGAGGGUAGCCGCAGAAGACAGGGCUGAGGCUGAGGCUGAGGAACGUGUUCGAUAA